GAUGGAUGCAAGUAAGAGUAGUAAAGGAAUAAUAUAAAUUAAAUAUGAAGGACAAUUAAAGAGAUAUAAGGAGAAUGGUAUAGGAAUACUGAUUUGGAGUGAUUUCAGUAAGUGUUAGGGAUAAUUUAAGUUAGGGAUCAUAAAGGGGAGAGAGAUAAAAUAAAGUGGAAAUGGCAAUAUUUAAAGGGGAUAUGUAAGGUUUAUAGAAUCAAUAGGAUUAGUUUGAAGAAGAGUUAUAGAGAGAUGAGUAGAUGAAGAUUUAGAAAAUAGCAUUUGUAAAUGAGAAUGGAUCAAAAUUAAUAAUCGAAAAAAUUAGAUAACAAUGA